CCAGCCUGCUUGAACUGAAGGAGCCUUUGCGCCGCUCCAUGGAGGACAGCAGUACCAUUAAAUCGUCGAUUCCCCACCUCACAGACGUCGAUUGGGAUAUGUUGGAGCAGCUUCGGGAAGUUUUGAAGCCCUUGCUCGACAUUACUGAGCUCCUUGGAGGGGACAAGUACGUUACUCGGUCUGUACUUAUUCCAGCCUUAAAACUGCUAAAGAAUAAAAUGAAGACGAAUGACUGUGACCCUGCCUUCAUCUGCCGCUUCAAGGCCAUGCUGGUGGACUCUAUCGAUGAGAGGCUUCGCGCGUGGCCGCAAUACAACGACUAUGAACUGGCAACGUGUCUCGAUCCUCGUUUCAAGAGCCUCGCACGCAUCGAAAAAGAUCGCCGCAAACUUGUGUGGGAAAGGCUUUCCCAGCUAACACAUGCGUCUUCGGACGAUUCUACUGAUCUAACGCCCAAGAAAAAAAGAAAAUACGUUUUCUCGGAGGAAAAUGAAGAACCCACCAUCUCCUGCCAAGUGUCGCUUUAUCGAUCGAUGGCCGAGGUGACGGACGAUGAACUGGACCCACUACAGUGGUGGCGAGCUCAGGGCUCCCUGUUUCCUCAAAUUGUGCCAAUUGUGAAGAGUGUGAUGUGUGUCCCAGUCACCUCAACGCCCUGCGAGCGUCCGUUCAGCGCAGCAGGGAUGAUCGUCAACAAACAAAAAAACUCGCUCCUGCCGGAAAAUGUCAACAAACUUCUUUGCCUCCGCAGCUGGGGUUGUGAUCUGUGAGUGCGUUACAUCAACGUUUAUUCUCAAUUAAGUUUGUAUAUAUGCGCCGUUUAUCAUACAAUAAAACAAAUUGUAAGGACAAAAUGUCUACUUUUGCUUUUUACUAAAG